AUGACUGGAUUUCCAUCAGCUGAGGGGCAGUUCUACUUGCCAAGACCCCAAGUGAAACCAGCCAAGUUGCUUCAGUGCAAGGUUUUCCCAAUGGUAGACUUUUGGUAUGACAGAAUUUUGUCAGGAGUAUGCCAGCAAACCGCAGCUGCACAUGGGUUUCUGGAGCUUCUGAAGCAAUUAAGAAUCACUUUUCUACAGAAUUCUGUAUCAGUCAAGGCUUUUGUGGAUACAGAUGUCAAGUCUACUGAUAUCCUUUUGCAGAGAGCACUUCCUCUGAUAGCCAGAAAGUUGGCUGACAUGCAGAAUGUGGACAGCGGGUUUUGCAGAGAAGUUCUGCGGGAGUUUGGUGUUCUUCACCAGAAGAUUGACGACUUGACAAACAAUGAUCAACAGUUCUUUAAUAGACAUAAAAGAAUUUUCGAUCAUAUUAAGAAAAAUAUGGUUGACAAUUCUUUAAUGCUGAUAUUAAUCUCUUUGGGAAAGACCAACCUUCUGUCACAUCUCUCUCCACUCAAACUCCAAAGCCCUAGUGCAGUAAAAAACCAUUUUGAAAGCAUUAGAGAAGCUGGAUUUACAACCUUUCUCCAGUCCAAUACACAAGUUCUCAUUCACGCAUGCCGCCCAGUUCUUGGAGUUGAUCCAAUUUUGUUUCUGCCAGCCUCAUGUGUGGAACGUGGCCAUUUGAUUCGUUGGAGAAUGGGAUGGUUGCCAGACAAACCAAAGAAAUAUCCUUGUGGAUCUGAUCACACCUCACGCCGCCAUUUGUUGAAUUGUCCACUUGUUCCUGCGACACUAUUUGAACAGUUGCCUCAACCUGACCAUGACCAGAUACACAGAAUUGAUUUUGCUAUGACAUUCUUGCCUUUGUCAUCUCAAGAACCGCGACCUGCAUACUAG